GCGCGGAGGCCGACGAGUUUGUCAUAGUGAAAUUAUAUGCUGCUUUCAAAAACACAAACGUUAUAAUUUUUCAAUUUCACGCUCUUUACGCGGGCGAAAACAAAUGGACCACCGUUUUUUUUUGGUCGGCAGGCAAUUGAAUCACUUUCUCUGCAUGACCUCAACAUCAAAGAGGAGCACUUUCGGCGGUUGGUCUUUUUAUUUUAGGGUUGUGGAUAUAUUACUAAAAAUGUUUUCGGUAAUUUAAAAUUAUCGAUUUUGUAUCUUUGGCUUAUUGGAUUAUUUUCUGCUAAAAUGGUCCAUAUUUUAUUUAUUUUGCCAAGCGCCUGAAGUGAAAGUCUGGUGUUCAUAGGGAUUAAUUUCAGUUUAAUUAACAAAACGCUUUAAGCCUUAAAUCACUGUUUUUUUUAAUACUUUUGUCACACACUGCUUACCUUCAUAAAAAAUGGAAGAAAUAUAUCCCCUCACUUAUGUUUUUCCAACAGUUAGGAGUGGACUGACAUCCGAGGUAAAUAAAUUUGAUAAAAAUGUCAGUGCAAUAAAUUUUGAGACCCUGCGUUGGCAUUGUCUCUAAUAAAUUCUGCAACUGUCAGAAAAAACGCCUAUUUGUGCUCCCUCGGAAGGUAAAAUUAAAAAGAUAUAAUUGUCAAAACCUGACAACUACUUGUCUUCUGAAAAGAUAUAGUGAGCUGUGCACUUUAAAAUAUCUGAAUGCAUAUCAUUUAAAAAUUAAUCAUUGUCAUACAUAAGUGUAUAAAGGCAGGCGAAAAAUGAGCAAACGAGGUGAUUCUGAGGCCGCAUUCUGUCCGCCAACAUGCUUUCCUCUUUGUUCUUCUACUUGACGUUAUUUUCAGCCGUUGUUGGUCAGUGCCCCAUUGCUAACAUUACUGAUCCCUUGGCUUUUCCAUACGUGUUUAGGGUGCAAGUACAGUCCGACCUGGGAUACCCAAUAACUUUUCCCGGUUUCGCGGUGAACCAGAAUUACAUCCUCACCUCUGACAUGGCUUUCCGUAAAAAUGCCGCCUUGAUCAAAAUUACCGAUCAGUUUGGCGUGGUCUAUCGGACACCGAAGAGUACUAUAAUCGCAUCAGGACGCUUUGCCAUCUUGAGAACAUGCAGACCACUCCCCGGACCAUAUAUUUCGAUGUCGCAGUUCAGUUUCAAUCGCCUCUCAGACAACUUGACCAACGCAGAAUUUAUCUUGUUCAAUGAAAACGACGACGUGCUGAAAAAAGUGAAACCCUUGACUGUGUUCAACGAGGGACACUGCGUGACCAUCACCAACGACCUCUUUGAAAGUGUUUGCGUGGACAUCAACGUGACUCCUGGCUUUUGCUCGUAUAUUUCCGAUGCCUUUGGAGAUGGAUCAACGCCGACUUUCUUCAGAGCUCCAGCGGUGGUGAUCAAUGGCCAGGUGAACGCGAUUUACUCCUCUUCGUCCGAAAUCGGCUGCAACGGCUGUAGCGUCAACGACCAAGUCGGCUUCUACUCCAGCUUCUUAAGCUGUAUUGAAUAUUUACUCACAGAAAUCCCAGGUGGAGUGGGCAAUCCUUAGUGUUUGUUUGUCUCUGGAUGAAUAAAAUUCAACUUUGAACAUCAAA